UCCUCACAAAUUGCUGUUGCUUGCAUGGGAAUUUUGCAAGAGUGUUGAACAACCAUGUUGCCCCCGACGACCAAGUUUCCUUUGGUGUUCCCGCUGUUGGUAUUGUUAGGCAUUUCUGCCCAGUACAAUGUCUUGCUGACUCUAGAUGUGAAACAACUGCGUUCUCGAGGUCCUCCCGGCACUAAUGGUAGAAGGGCUCUGCUAGACGUGACAGAAGCUCCUCCAUUCACUUCUUUCCAGGUCCCUCUUCCAGAUCUGGUGAGAGCGUACGAAACCAACAUUGCUUGCACCGAUGGACUCAUUCCAGCGGAUCAAGUAGUGAAUACCACUGCUGAUCUCCUCGUCGGCGCGGGCAGAAACAUUCCAAAAACGAUUCACGUGACUGGCAAAACCAAAUGUGUCACCCAAGCAUUCCACGACAACCUGAAAUACUGGGUAUCUCAAAUGCCUGGAUACUCCUUCUACUUUCACGAUGAUCAAGCCGUGGAGACACUAUUCCGCAGUCAGUCAUGGCCAUUGUUUCCCCAGAUACAAAACAGUUUUGAAUGCUUGAGAGGGGCGGGAGGAGCGGCAAUGUCAGAUCUAUGGAGGUAUCUGGUCCUGUUCCAGUACGGUGGAGUCUAUGCAGACAUGGAUACACGUCCCAAUACACUAUUCAAUGCCACAACCAUCACCCCCGACAUGGAUGGUUUCUUUCUCAUUGAAGACCAAUUCAAAAUCCUAAGUCAGUAUUUCUUUGCUAUUGGACCACAGCAUCCACUCAUGUUUCAUGCCAUUCAAGAUGUCAUGCAACGAAUGCAUGCCCAGGUGGAAGUGGGAACGUUUAAUGUACCCGUCGAAUCGGGACCUCAUUGCUUGCACCGGGCGUACAAGGCAUUUCGAGGAAUUCAUGAUGGAAAAAACGGACCGUGGAAGCCAACCCAUCAGCCCAAGGCGGGAGUCUAUUACUAUCAUGACUUCAAAGAAGAAACAUCCAACAACAGCAGUAGCAAUCGCAGCAUUACGGUCGUGGGGAAUGCCAGUACACCGGAUCAGUGGGUCAUCCGAGAAGCAUUCAAAGCCCAGGACAAGAACAGUGCCUGGGACAAGAUGAAUGUCUCCAACUAUCGCCACAUGAACAAAAAGCCACUGGAGAAGAGUUGCCUCGACUUGUUGUGGGAGAAACAGCAUCAACCCGAGUUUGUGAGAACGGGAUGAAGCAGUUCCUAGGUUGUGGGCAGUGCGCGAAAAGCUGUAGCGUGAGUUGCAACCUUGAAGACGAAGUCGGGAACUUUUCCCAAGGCCGCACACAGACGAAUGCAGCAGGCUACCAAGUAACGGUGACGAGGGUCGCCAUCCCGGGACACUUUAGCUAGCUAGUACUGUAGCUACUUUUGAGUAGAAGUGUAAUGUAAGUUGUCUAUCAUAA